AUGAAGCAGCAUUUCCCAUUAGCCGCGAAAGCAUUCACCUAUUCCAGACUCGUAGAAAGUGUCGAAAAAGACUUUUCCCCGGAGAAAUACAUUCGUCUAGACUAUGUCGAGAACAGCCAUGGAGCCACCAAGAAGCUUGAUGGGGAGAACAAGGACAACAGAGAAUCGGCCCGGGCCAAAGGGCAGCAUGACUCAGUAUGGACAUAA